AUGCUGAAGUCGUGCAUAAGAUGGAAACGACUCAUGAGGACGAAUCCCCCUCAAACGUCCGAGGCUCGAGGUCUUCCACGCCAGAAGCAUCUUACGAAGCCAUUCGUGAGUUGGGACAAGGAACGUUCAGCAAGGUCUACCUGGCUGUACGCUUUAUCCACAAGGAUCGCAAGGACAGUGUUGAUUCCCGACAAGACAGCGUCAACAUGGCUGGGCUUAUGGCCCGAUCGCAGACUGGUCGCGGUCAAGGUUGUCGAACAAGGCCCAGCCGGCGGAGCGAAUGCAGAAAGAAUCGAGGUCGGUUUGCAACGAGAGAUGGAGAUCUUAAAGUCGAUACGACACCCAUCCUUGGUUCAUCUCAAGGCAUUUGGCAAGGACAGAGCCGGUCGAGCACUUUUGGUAAUGAACUAUUGUCCAGGCGGAGAUCUAUUCGAGGUUGCAACGAAGUACCAAGAGGUUUUGGUGCCGACACUUGUCCGAAGAAUCUUCGCGGAACUCGUUUCGGCGGUGCGGUAUCUGCACCAGAAAUUUAUUGUCCAUCGCGACAUCAAGUUGGAGAACAUCCUGCUUAACAUUCCGGUCCGCGUUCACUCGAAUGUUCCGAACUGGCAGACACUAGAUCGAGCUGUGGUCAUAUUGACCGACAUGGGUCUCUCACGUCGGAUCCCUGAGCCGCCGGAAAGUCCAUUGCUCACAACAAGAUGUGGAAGUGAAGAUUAUGCGGCACCUGAAAUUCUCAUGGGGCAGCCUUACGAUGGGCAUCAAACGGAUGCAUGGGCGCUGGGUGUUGUUUUGUAUGCAUUGAUGGAAGGUCGGCUUCCGUUCGAUCCAAACCUGGAACUAGAGGAGAUCCAGCCACCCUUCGAGCACGAACGCCCCACAGAAUUGCUCGAUGUGAGUAGGCAUGGGUCAAGUAUGGCGAUGAAGACGGCGACUGGGAUGCGGAAAAGGGUCGUGACUUCGAAGGGGCUCAGCAUGCGUGGAUGGACUUUUGAAACACAGCACACGACGAAAGCCACUGGCAGAAGUCCGAGAGAUGCCUUGGGUUAA